GAGAGCAGAGCCUGAGUUCUGUGUUGGAGAUGAGGCUCUUCUCCUCAGAGGGAGGACAGCAAGUGAGAAGAUUGAUGGAGGAGUCCUCCGUUCAUCUCUGCAAGGGGUGUAACCCCUGGCAGGGGCUUCUGCUCACAGCCUCCCUUUUAAUCUUCUGCCACCUCUCCAACACUGCCCAUGUGACUGUGACCAUUGAAUCAGUGCCACCCCUAGUGGCCAAAGGAGAUGAUGUCCUUUUUCUUGUCCAUGAUCUGCCAGAAAAUGCUCAAAUAUUAGCCUGGUUCAAAGGGCUAACAAACAUGAAAGACGCAAUUGCACUAUAUGGACUGUUCAACAAUGUAAGUGGGCCAGGGCCUGUGCACAGUGGUAGAGAGACAAUAUAUCGCAAUGGAUCCCUGCUGAUCGAAAAGCUCACUGAGAAGGACACGGGAUUCUAUACCAUACGAACCUAUAAUGAACAUAUAAAAAUUGUAUCAACAACAUCCACGUACCUCCACGUGCAGGAUUUCCUUUGGAACUGCGGGCGCCAUGCCACCUCUGCCCAACCCACAAUUGAAUCAGUGCCACCCAGUGUUGCUGAAGGGGGGAAUGUUACUCUACUUAUUCACAAUCUCCCGGAGAAUCUUGAAGGUUUUGUCUGGUUCAAAGGCAUAUCUGUGUUCUGGAAAAAUGAGAUUGCCCGAUACACAAAAGGCAGCAAAUCAAGUAUUACAGGGCCUGCUUACAGUGGCAGAGAGACGUUGAACAGUGAUGGAUCCCUGCUGCUUCACAACGUCACUCAGAGUGACACUGGAUUGUACACCCUACGAAUUAUGAGUACAGAUAUGAAAAGUGAAGAAGCACACGUGCAACUCCAGGUGGACAUCUCCCAUUCUCCAUGCUGUAACCCUCUCACCUCUUCCCAAGUCAUGAUAGAACCAAUGCCAAUGUAUGCUGCUGAAGGAGAAAGUGUUCUUCUCAAAGUUCAUAAUCUUCCAGAAGAUUUCCAAGCCUUUACUUGGUACAGGGCGAUAUAUCGUGUUCCGCAUUUUGAAAUUGUCGAACACAGCAGAGAACUAGAUACCAUCACCUGGGGAAAUCAAUAUAGCCAAAGAGAGACUGUGUAUGACAAUGGAACCCUGCUGCUCCAGGACAUCACUGAGAAAGAUGCAGGAAUGUACACACUAGAAAUUUUGAAAAGUGAUUCCAAAAUUGAAAAGGCAUAUGUGCAAUUCCAUGUAAACAAGCAUGUGGCACAGCCCUUUGUGCGAAUCACUAACAGCGUAGUCUCAUCACACAGAUCUGUGAUAUUCACCUGUGUAUCACCUGACUCUGAUGUCUCCAUCCGUUGGUUCUUCAAUAACCAGCACCUGCGUCUCUCAAGGAGGAUGACUCUGUCCCCAACAAAGUGUGGACUGAGAAUACAUCCCGUUCGAUUAGAGAAUUUUGGAGAGUAUAAAUGUGAGGUCUCCAACCGAGUCAGUUCAAAGACCAGUCUUCCAGUCUUGUUUCAGUGAGCUCUCCUUUCAUCCUACACUAGA